AUGGGCAAGAGACGCAGUCCGGCGGAGGAGGCGGAGGCCCUGCGCGUGAGCGAGACGAUUGACGACGAGCUCCGGCGCGAGCGCGAGGCCGUCCGGCGGAAACGGGGCAAGCAGCUCAAAGUGCUGCUCCUCGGCCAGGCCGAGUCCGGCAAGUCCACGCUCCAGAAGCAGUUCCAGCUCUACUACUCCUCCGCCACGCUCGAGCAGGAGCGGCCCUCCUGGCGGCCGAUCGUCUACUUCAACAUCCUCAAGGCGAUCCGCAUGAUCCUCGACGAGCUCGACUGGGAGUACUCCCUCUCCCCGACCUCCCCCUCCCCCGCCGCCUCCCACUCCGGCUCCCCCUCCCCGACCUCCCCCUCCGCCCCCCUCCCGCCCCUCCAGCUCGCCGCCCUCCGCCACAAGCUCCUCCCCCUCGUCGCCUCCGAGGACGCGCUCGCGGCGGAGCUCUCCGGGGGCGUCACCCUCGCCCGCGGCCGCCAGGGCGUCUUCGUCCGCUCCGGCUGGCAGGCGCUCACCAGCGCGCACCGCCAGUGGCCGCUCGCCGAGGACUACUACGCGAGCCGCGCGCUCCCCGGCCACGGCGGCCGGCAGACCGCGGUCACCGGCAUCGUCGCCACCACGCUCGCCGCGAGCGCGGAGGAGGUCGACGCGCUGUGGUGGCACCCCGCCGUGCAGGCCCUCCUCAAGGGGAACAAGCUCAAGCUCGAGGAGUACGCGGCGUUCUUCCUCGCGAACAUAAGGCGGAUCGCGCAGCCCGAGUAUCUCCCCACGAACGAGGACAUCCUCCACGUCCGCCUGCAAACGAUCGGCGUGACCGAGCACGCGUUCGACAUCAACCUGGGCGGGACGAACUACAGCUGGAACCUGUACGACGUCGGCGGCGCGGUACGCCCCUUCCGACACGCGUGGGUCCCGUUCUUCGACGACGCGACCGCGAUCAUCUUCCUCGCGCCGAUUAGCGCCUUUGACCAGUACCUGGAGGAAGACCCGCGGACGAACCGGAUAGACGACUCGCUGCAGCUGUUCACCGCCAUCUGCGCGAACAAGCUGCUCUCCAGCGCCGCGCUCGUCCUCAUGCUCAACAAGACCGACUUGCUCCGCCAAAAGCUCGAGGCCGGGAUCAAGGUCCGCAAGUACAUCUCGUCCUACGGCGACCGGCCGAACAGCUACGAGGAGGUGUCCGAGUACUUCCGCGCGCACUUCAUCCAGGUCCACAAGCGCAAGGACGUCUCCCACCGCCCGCUCUACCUCCACUACACCUCGAUGCUCGACAUCAAGGCGACGCAGUCGAUCAUCGUCAACGUCGGCGAGGCGAUCAUGCGCUCGCACCUCACCAAGAUCGGGCUCGCGUAG